CGGAUCAUAUUCUGCCUCGGCACGUCAUUUGGAGAUCUUCUGAUCUGCAAAAUUCUAGAGAGGAUGACUUGUAAAAGAUCUGACACCUCCUGGCACGGCAGCUGUCUUGUACCUUGUACUGGCUGUACUAGCCAAGAAAAACCUGUUGUUGCCUUCGAGACUGUAUGACAUUAUCCCUUGUGUUAUGAUGGCACUGAAGUUUGAAGAACCACGAGGCCUUACUUCUGUAGGGGAUAAUGUCCGUCAUGCUGCGGCUUAUGUUUGCUGGGUGAUUGCCAAAGCCUUUGAACCCCGAUUUAUUGAACCGUACCGUGAUACAUUGGCCGAAAACUUGUUGGCAGUUGCUUGCUUCGACAGGGAGGCUCUUUGUCGAAGAGCUGCUGUCUUAGCGCUCCAGCAGUUUGUGGAACGUGCCGUGAACAUCCCUCAUGGUGUUGAAAUCACCACUGCUGCCAACUUUCAUAGCGUCGGUAGUUGCAGCAAUGCUUAUCUAAGCGUCAGCAUGGAAAUAGCUCAGUACAAAGAGUACACGGAGAGUCUCAUCAAACACCUGCUCAGAAACAAAGUAGACUACUGGGAUUGUAACAUCCGCAUCCUUACUGCCAAGGCCCUGCACAAACUGGCGAGUAGAGCUCCAGAGUACAUGGCCUCUGACGUAUUGACAGAGCUAUUUGCUCUCAUCGUGAAUGAUGACCCCAAAGCCAUACAUGGUGCUGUUCUUGCCAUAGGAGAGCUCGUGUGGGCUUUAUCCUCGAUUUCUCAAAACCUAUUAGAGCCGUACCUGGAGCGCAUAGAAAAUCUAGUAGGCCAAUUAAAGGAAAGAAACUUAAUGAAAGGAGCUCUUGGUGACAUCAUCAAGACUGUCUUGUGCUCCUUUAUAGCCUAGUUCUCGGGCCAGAUUGCCAUUCCACGGCAAGCCUGUCAUUGAUGAAUGGCAGCUGUUUAUGGACGAAUGUGUGUGCAACCCCGUGUCGGAUGUCCCAGGACGCAGUGCAGACUAAAAAGUGCAGUAUUGGGGCAGCUCGGGAAGGAAAUGACCCAACACGGAUUAGACUGACUCUGUUCCUUUCAUUGACAUUUAUCACUUUAUUAAUUUUGUAUUUGACUGUGUUCACAUUGCUAAGAACAUUUUAUUUAUAGAAUAAUCUAUAAAGUUCUAUCUCCAAGUGUGCCUUACUCUAAAGUAAACAUUGCACAAUUUUCUGUGAUUUCCAAGUGAUAUAAUACCUUAUAAGAUUUUUUAUAAUGUUAACUUCUUCUCUUUCUCUGUUAGUUUAAGUGUUGUCACUACCAAAGUAUAUUGUAGUAGUUUUGUUAAAUGUUUUCUGAGUUAAACAUAUUGAAGCAGUAUGUUGUAAACAUCACAGAUUCUGUGUGUUGUUACUACCAAAGUAUAUUGUAGUAGUUUUGUUAAAUGUUUUCUGAGUUAAACAUAUUGAAGCAGUAUGUUGUAAACAUCACAGAUUCUGUGUGUUGUCACUACCAAAGUAUAUUGUAGUAGUUUUGUUAAAUGUUUUCUGAGUUAAAUAUAUUGAAGCAAUAUGUUGUAAACAUCACAGAUUCUGUGUGUUGUUACUACCAAAGUAUAUUGUAGUAGUUUUGUUAAAUGUUUUCUGAGCUAAACAUAUUGAAGCAGUAUGUUGUAAACAUCACAGAUUCUGUGGAUGUUGUGAUAUUUUAUUGUUAAUGUUAUCAGAAACGCUUGCCUUGAGCUUUAUCUAUAGAGUUAGUAAGUUGAAUACCAUGGAGUUAAUUCCCUCCAUAUUGUUUUAGUUGUGCAUAAAAUUUUAUUUGAUGUUCAACGUAGCGAAUUUUAACUGUCGUUUGUUAGUUUUAACUUAUUCUUACCUUAUUUGUUCCUUGUGUUUUUAAUCAAAUCAAAUCAAAAUCUUUAUUGUCUUUAGGCAUAUAGCAAUCGACAUGGUCAUCAAUUUAUGUUACAAAUCAUAACUUGUCAUAGUUAAUGUUUAUACUACUUAGGUAGGACUAACAAGUGUAAAUUGAUAAUAUAAAACAUCAUUUUUGCUAUACCUAAUUCUUGAAUUAAAAUAACAUUGAUAAAUAUAAAAUAAAAUCUUAAACUAAAUAAAUAGUCGAUAAAUAAAAUAAAUAAAUCUUACAUAUGUAACAAACUUACAAAACAUUAAUUUCUGAAUUUGGCAUAUUUAAAAAUUCAUCGAUACUAUUGAAGGGAUGAGCAGCCAGCCAUCUAUGUAACUUACAUUUAAAGAGACUAAAAGAUAAAUCUUUGGUUGAGAGUGGUAACUUAUUAUAUAGUCUAAUACACAUUAUAGUAUGGCUAGAUCUAAUUUUUUCCAACCUUGUGAAGGGUACAUCAAGACGAUUACCAUGCCUUGUAGAUUUUUCAUGGAUUUCAUUCCUUACAUUAUAUGAUAAAAUAUCUUUAUGAAUACAUAACAAUAAAUAAAAUAUAUAGAGAUUAAAAACAGUUAAAAUACCUAAAUUAAUAAAAAGUGGUUUACAAUUAGCCAGGUAGUGAGACUUGGUAAUUAUUCGAACAGCCUUCUUCUGUAUCAAAAGGAUAUCUUUAAGGUUGCUGGAAUUGCCCCCAGAAAAUCAAACCAUAGCUUAUUAUGAACUGAAAUAGACCAUAGUAAACAGUAACGAUAUAAUGUUUAGGAACACAACUCAUGAGACGUCUUAAUAGAUAAAUCACACGAGAUAGCCUAGUUGAUAUUUGUUCAAUGUGUUUUGCCCAUGACAGCUUACAAUCAAUGUACACACCUAAAAACUUGACACAAUUAUCAAACUCAAUAUCAUCUUUAACAGGCCUAAGACUAAACAGAACCGAUUUAGUUUUGUCAUUAUUUAAAAGUAAGUUGUUAGCUGAAAACCAUUUUGAAGCUAGUUCUAAAGUAUUAUUGACGUAAUUAAUUGUAAAUCAAUUAAGUUUUUAUCAAUAGAAAGAAAAUUGGUGUCAUCAGCAUACAGACAAGUUUUAGACUGUUGAAUAUUAAUAGGUAAAUCAUUUAUUGCUAUUAUACCAAUAAUAAUACAAUAUACCAUUUUAUAUUAUUAAAAGUGCCUUUUAUGAGAGAUUUGUACACUUAAGAUUUCAUAAUGUGUUUGUUACAACAACUCACCUCCGUAAUAUUGUAACAAAAACUCAAAUUUGCAUCAUAAAGCAUUAAUUUCUCAUAUACUUUGCAUAGCGAAUGAUGCUGGUAUUUUAUCUCUUUUGCUGGAAGUUUUAAUCAGGUACUUGCAAUAAAUUCUUCUGUUUGCUUUGUUUCUAUGCUCUUCUGUUUGCUUUGUUCAGUAAUAAGUAUUUGUAUUUAAUCGGAAUAAGUUAAGUAUCUUCUAAUGUUUUAAACAGAGAUUAAUUAUGAUAGUGAUUAUCAGUAGUAACUUGCAAGGUGUGAAGUAAAUCUACUCCCUAAUUUUUCAUAAACUGUACUAAAGUUGUUCUGUUACUAAUACAAAUAGGAAUAUGUGAUAAAUAUUGUGAUUGUACAUGAAGUGCAAUGUACCUUUGCUCAGAUCCGUCCAAUGUUACCGAUCUGCGAGACAAACUUGUUGCCAUAUUUGCUCUCUUGUUGUGGCGUGAACUCAGUUCCUAUUCACGCUGUGUUACCUUGAUUCUGCAACAUGCUGUACGCACAAAUUUGUGCAAGAAGUGCCUGAACAUUCCGUUUUUUGGUCAGUAACAUUGAUUGUGUAAUAGUAUUGUUAAAAAACAAUGACAUAAUUCAGUUGUAGUUUACACACAUGUAACAUUCCUAACUGUUUAACCUCAAAUGUUUUAGGCGUGAUUCUAGAUUAAGAUUUUUAUAAUGUUAUGUGUUUUUGAGAUGUUUUUGUUGUUACAACUUUUGUAAAGAGUGUAAUAAAAUGAGUUUAAUUCAUA